CAGUUGACAAAUAGUUGCAUUGUCGAUAAGAGGGACUGUUCGCCACUAAAUGAGCUCCCUUUGAAUUGACAUGGAGUAUGAGUAUAAGAAAACAAACCAAAAGACAAAUAUAGUUGUCGAACUUCCACCACGAGAGCUCUUCCUAGACCAUGGUGAACUUCACACGCCGUACAUGCCGUGCAAGUAUUUGCGCUCAUGAAAAUGCACAACAAAAAUCAUGUGUCAAACACCAAUUCGUAUUACUUCUUGAAGCAAAUAAUCCCGGGGGGGGGGGGGGGGGGGGGGGAAUCAAUACCUUCAUAAUAAUUCGCAAAAACUCAUUGAGCCUUCAUAUCGCACUAAAACAACCUUGGUGGGCACGUGAUGUGUCAACUCGCACUAUUGAGAAGCAUAAUGAAUGAUGGGUGCUUGAAUUGUCGAGAGAAAACAACGAUUAGUGAGAUUUUUAGAACUCAUUGUGCUUUACUAAUAAUGAGUUAUAUUUAUCGACUAAUAAGAAUAACCUACCCUAGGUGACAUAAUUAACAUAUGACAAUUGUGUAUCUCAUCCAAAACUCAUUAUGAAGAUAUAGACGAUGAGAUGAAUCUAAAUAGUAAUUAGUCAAUGUCGUCUACAAAAAGGAGUCCAAGUCCAAUCGACGAAGCCAAAUACAACAAAAUAAAUGGCCAAAAAAGGGGAAAAUCAAAACAAGCCAACAAAACACAAACGCUAAUCCACAGCAAUAGAAAAAACCGCUCUAAGUAUAGUAUAGUCCAAAUUUUGGUCGUCAAAUUGAGAAACGAACCAAAAGACAUGAAAACUCAGCAACUAAGCUUAGAAAAAGUAAACGUAAUACGAAAAAUAGGGAAUGUAUGAGGUCAUUACUUGAUCCUUUAUCUUCGAGUUCAAAGUUCAUUCUUCUUAAAAUAUCCUUUUUAUUUUUUGUUUUUACUAUUCUCUUAUCACCUUUCCAUAGCUUUAGCUAUUUGCAAAAAUUCUCCAUUACCUAUUGCUAUGCAAAAAAAGAACCCAUCCCAUUUUUUCCUUUCAUUUCCUUCCCUCUUCUGCUUGUGAAUCACAAGCAGAUCCCAAAAUAACAAUUGGUCCCGUCCCUUUGUGGCUCUUUAACUAUGGCAUCUGAAAGCAUCAAAGAACAUCCUCCAAUGGCUUCUGACAAGCCUUCCCAAAUCUCAGAACAAUCACCACAAGACCAACAACAGCAACAACAAUUGAAACCAGAAGCAGCACCCUCAUCAUCAACAACGAAUGCAGCGAAUUCGGCCGAUUCGAAGACCCCCUCGAAGAAUGUAGAACAACAGACUUCCUCCACCACCAUUACCACCAAAUCCUCCCCGCAAAAAGGAGAAUCAUUGACCACAAAAAUAAUGAAUGCUGCAAAUUCGUCCGAUUCGAAUCCUCCCACGAAGAUGGAAGAACUACAACAGCAACAGCCAUCCAAAGUUUCCUCACCAAAAGAAGCAUCAUCAACAACCACAACCACAACCACAACAACAACGACCACAAAUGCUGCGAAUUCUUCAGACUCAAAGUCUCCCCUAACAACAGAAGAACCAAAAUCAUCAUUCAGUACCACCACUAAAGCUUCCCCAUCAGAAGAACCCAAUGCUCCUCCUCAACAGAAGAAGACUGAUGAACAACAACAACAACAGCCUGCCAAGGAUGUUGCAGAAAAGGUAAAUGCUGCAACUUCUCCUUCACAACAAGUGAAGGAACAACAGGAAUCGCCAUUGCAGCAAACAUCUGCCAAUAGUGUUAACGCUGUAGAUCGUAGUAGUGUUGAUGUUGUUGUUCCACCAACUCAACAACAACACAACAAAGAAGACGAAAAGGUGGUAGCAAAAGGGAAUGAAGCUCAAGUGGAGAAAGAUCUCUCUGCCUCCUCUGACAUUGCAAAGCCAGAAGAAGCAAAAGAAGGAGAAGAAGAAGCAAUUAAGUCUGAGGAGCCCAAAGUGGGAAAGGAUGAGGUGAAGCUAAAAGAGGUGAAAUUUGCUGAUGGGAUUGAGACCAAAGCAGAGAAGUCCGACAUCGAAGAGAGCUCUUCGUCUCAAGAACAAACCACUCUCCUCUCCGAUUUGACAGAGUACGAGCGCAAGGCAUUGCUCGAGCUCAAAUCCAAGAUCGAAGAAGCCAUCCUCCUCAACAAAUUCUUCGACGACGAUAAAACGAAUGACGAACAACAACAACAACAACAACAACAACAACAACAGGAGAACCAAGAGCUCAAGAAAGAAGAGGAAGAAAGUAGUAAACCAAUAUCACAAGAAGACGAGAAAAUAACCGCCGAUCAAGCUCCGACCGUGAAGGAAAGUAAAGGGAAAGAGAUCAUGAUCGAUGAUCAAAAUAUCUCUGACGUUACUGCUGAUGCAGAGCCAAAAACAGGGGGACAGAAGGAGGCAGAGGAUUCCUCAAAAGUAGAGGAAAUGAUGAAGAAGAAGAAGGAAAUGGGAAUCAUUGACAAAGAAAUUUCACUGUGGGGUGCGCCAUUGAUGCCGAGCAAAGGCGAAGCCAGCACCGAGGUGAUUCUGCUGAAAUUCCUGAGGGCCAGGGAGUUCAGAGUGGACGAGGCGUUCGAGAUGCUGAAGAACACGUUGAAAUGGAGGAAGGAGAACAACAUGGAUUCUAUUCUGGAGGAACAGGAUCCGCAAACAGAUAUUUUGGAACCGGUGGUGUACAUGGAAGGUCGCGAUCGAGAAGGGAACCCGAUCUGUUACAACGUGUAUGGAUUGCUGGGAUUCGACAAAUCGGCGGAUAAGUUGCUUGGGGAUGAAGAAAAGAGGGAGAGGUUCUUGAGGUGGCGGAUUAGGAAGAUGGAGCAAUCCGUGAAGGAGUUGGAUUUCAACCCUGGUGGGAGUUGUGAGAUUCUGCAGAUUAAUGAUUUGAAGAACACUCCUCUGCCGAGUAAAAAGGAAAUCAGGCUGACUACCAGGAAAGUUGCUGAAACUCUUCAGGAUAAUUACCCUGAAUUCGUUUCCAAAAACAUAUUCAUCAAUGUGCCAUUGUGGUACUAUGCCUUCAAUACAGUUUUGUCUCCUUUCCUUACUCCAAGGACCAAGAACAAGUUCAUCCAAGCCAGAACUUCCAAGGUGGCAGAGAUCCUACUCAAGUACAUUGCGGCCGAGCAGCUUCCAGUCCGGUACGGCGGGCUGAAGAUGGACAACGACCCGGAUUUCGGGACAGAGGACGUGGCAGAGGAGACGUGGGUGAAGGCAGGAUCGUCGGAGGUCAUCGAAAUUCCGGCGCCGGAGGGAGGGAAGACGAUGGUGUGGGAUCUCACGGUGUCGGCCUGGGAAGUGAGCUACAAGGAGGAAUUCGUACCGAGCAACGAGCGAUCCUACACCGUAAUAGUUCAGAAGAUGAAGAAGAUCGCGUGGCAGGAAGGCACGAUUCGCAACUCUUUUAGGAAUGGUGAGCCUGGCAAGAUUCUGCUCACCAUCGACAACCCAUCGUUCAAGAAGAAGCGCAUUCUUUAUAGACACAAGGCCAAGAAAGUUUGAUUUGAUGAUGAUGAGUUUUAGCCUAGCUUUAAGCUAGAAACCCAGUUGUUCAUGUUUCGUUUCAGAUGAUCAGAUCUUGCCUUGUAGUUUUUGCAGGUUCGUUGCUUUUGUUUUCCAUUGUUUCCCAUUUUUCAGCAAUAAACAGAAGUGCACAUU